CCGCAGGGACGCGACGCGACGACCCUCCCCUCUCUCCGACACCUGCGCACAUACACGCGCAAGAAAGAGUGCUGCUCGUGCCCUUGCCCCAUGGCCGCGACGGGGAUGGCGACGGCGGCGGUGCUGGUGUACCUGGUGCUGUCGGGCCGCCUCUGCGGGGACGCCGCCGACGGCGGCCGGGACGACCAGCUGAUAUCGUCCGCGGUGUCGGCGGCGGCCGCGGCGCGGCGGCGGAGGAAGAAGGAGGCCCGGGCGCGACGGGCGUCGCGCUCGCGGCGGUGGCCCGAGCGCGCCCCCGCCGGGUGGGGCGAGGCCGCGGCGCUGGCCGCCCGGACCGUGCGGUUCACCUGGGCGGAGACGCUCGGCAAGUGGCCCCUCGGGGAGCUAGCCUUCGGGAUCAAGUACUACAUGCGGCAGCAGGGUAAUCUGCAGCAUGAGUAUGCUGGAAGCGAUUCUGUACCACUGGAUGGGCCUGAGGUGAGGCAGGAGCUGAUUUCACUACACAGAUAUUUGAUGUUAUGCAUGUAUUUCUCGAAGAAGCCGUAUGAUGUGUUUCUGGAGUUUGGUGGAUAUGCCCAGAACGACAUUCUUAUAAAGAAAUCUAAUGGGAGGCUCCUGAAGCCUGCUUACACAAUUGUUCACGACAGAAGCACCAAAUGCUUUCUCCUUUUCAUUCGGGGGGCUAUCAGUGUUAGGGAACGGCUAACAGCAGCAACUGGUGCAGAUGUUCCAUUUCACCAUGUUGUUGUGCAAGAAGGUCGUGUCUCCAACUUAGUGCUGGGGUAUGCCCAUUGUGGGAUGGUUGCAGCAGCUCGCUGGAUUGCAAACCAGGCCAUUCCUUGCCUAAGUAAAGCAGUCGAGGAAUUCCCAGACUAUGGGAUUAAGAUCAUUGGGCAUUCAAUGGGAGCUGCAAUUGCUGCAAUAUUAACAUACAUCCUACGAGAGAAUGAGAAGCUGUCAUCAUCCACAUGUAUUGCAUUUGGGCCAGCUGCUUGCAUGACGUGGGACUUGGCUGAGUCGAGUAAAGAUUUUGUUACCACCAUUGUCAAUAGAAAUGACCUAGUGCCAUCUUUGGGCAGAGCUUCUACUGCGAAGCUUCGUACAGAGGUUAUGGCAUCAUCUUGGGUACAUGACCUUCACAAUCAUAUUCAGAAGACUAGAUUCUUAGGUUUUGUAAACCGUUCUGUGAGUUUCAUCAGAUCCCACGUGCCCUUUGUAUCUGAUCCAAGAUCUAAGGUUGUAGAUGUCGAUAUGCUGCAGUCUCACAGUUCUAAGGCUGGGAGGAAGCCUUCAACAGAUACCCAUGCUGUGGUGAGGAAACGCCCUGCACUAGUUUGCUGGUCAUGUGUUGCUGCACAGAAACAGACUAUUGAAUCUUCAAAACAAACUCAGGACAUGAAAAAUCAAACCGAUAGUGAUGUCAAAAUUGAGAAAAUUAAUGAAGCAGCAGCUGCUGAACUAGUCACAAUCCCUCUUGAAGAACUAAAUCUUCAAGAAUUAGAUAAUGAGGAUGCCAAUAGAGAGGAAAAGGAAUCAGCACUGAAAGUAACAGAUGAAGAAGAGGCCAUGGAGCUUCUAGAAUCCUUGACUGAUGAGCUGCAGGUGCCGUCGUCGUCAACCUCUUCUCAAGAGCCCCACCAGUUAUACCCCCCAGGGAGAAUAUUACACAUGGUUGGAUUGCCAGCAGCAGAGCCAAACACAAGUGAGCAAGGUGGCCCGGAGGAGGUUGUCACACUGUAUGAGACACCUCGACAUUUGUACAGUAAGAUUCGCCUGGCGCGAUCCAUGAUAAGAGAACAUUACAUGCUCAAAUACAUUAAAACGUUGGAGCUGUUGAUCGACAAGCUUGCAGAGGAGGACAUCGAUCACUAACUGGACUCAUUGUAGCAUCAGAAGUGUGUACAGAAUAAUUAUUGUACAGAUCAUGAAAAGAAAAGGAAAGGCAUUGUUUCAGAUUGCAAGUGCUUAGUUCUGGUUGUUUGAAGGUUUGUGAUGGCAAUCUAGAAGCUGUACAGGACUACCAAUUUGACUUUGGUCUGUUGAUUUGCUUCAUUUCACUUUGACAGCCAUCUCAGGAAGAGCUCAAAGAGCUGAACCUUGUGAUGGUUUCAGUAAUUUCAGCAGCAGUUGUUGUUUUUAGUUGUGAAUAUUAUAUUAACCAUUAGUGACAUAAGCUAACCCACGAUAUUCCUCUGAAAGACACUGACAUUAACUGCUUGUCAAUAAGGCAUUCAGUCCUGAAGCUGUA